UCGACGACGAGCCGCUUCAGACAAUAUACUCUAACUCGCGCUCUCCUCGAGCUCAUAAUCGACCGCGUCUGUCAUGGCCCCACGUACAAGACGGCGUCCACGCUCAGCCUCUCCCGCCGCCUCCGCGACGGCGACACCGACGACUGUCGUAUCGACAACCUUCAACAGCACCAAGACUUCCACUGACGCUACCCCUGCGAGCAGCAACCUUGGUGAAGACGAGAAAGACUACUCGCUGCCUCAGCCAAGAGCAACGGGAAGGCCCGUCAGAGUCGCUGCUGCCAGAGGCACCAGAAAACGGGCCAUGGAGAGUGAACAUGAGGAUGAGCCACCCAACGCGCAGCCUUCGAAGAGGCGCGCUGUCGCCCGGUCCGCCUAUGUCGAAGUGCCGUCGAAGCCGAACAAGACCCAACAACCGACAGUAAAAUCCAUUCCAAAGGCAAGGGGUAAAGGAAAGGCGAAGGCCCCCACUCCUUCUAUUGACGGUGAAAUCGUUCCAGAGACGGAGGCUGAACUCGAAUACGAUGAAAACGCCUCGGUCAACAAAUCGGACGACAGUGGUUCCGAGUUUGAAGAUGACGAAGAUUUCUCUAUAGAAGACAUGGAAGACGACGAUGACGACGAUGACUACGGCUCGAAAAGACCACGCAAGUCGCUCAAGUCAUUCACGCGGGCUCUUGACUAUGAAUCGGACGGCAUCGAAGAAGUUAUGAUGGACGCCGCUAUUCAGGAGUCCCUGCAGAGCGCAGGCCUCGCGAUUAGUGUGCGCAAUGGCGCCUUGACUUUGGGCGCUGGCUCGUCGGGCGCUGGCAUGCGCCUUCUCGCCGCCGCCUCAACCGAGGACGGGGAUUUCAUAGAGGUGUCUUCCGACGAGGACGUUGAACCGUCCGCAUUGAGCUCCGAAGACGAGGCCCCGCCUACGAAGGGCAAAGGAAAGGGCAAAGGCAAAGGCAAAGGCAAGAGCAAAGCACAGGCAAAGGGGAAGAAAGUCACCUCCGCCGAAGAGAAGAAGCUCAAAAAGAAAGCCCUCGAAGAGCGAACGCGCCUGAAACAGGCAGAGCGGGAGUUGUCCCAAAAACUUGGUCGCAGGUUGACUUAUGCUGAAAAGUCGACGGUUGCGCUGCACAUGUACCACCCUGAGUUGCGCAAUGCUUGGGGUGACUUGAAAACGAAGAUGAAGGUCGUUCAGCCUAAGAAGGCCGAACAGCCGUCUAACCUCAAGGUAACUCUCUUGCCAUUUCAGCAAGAGUCGCUCUAUUGGAUGCGUAAACAAGAAUUCGGAUCAUAUGCGGGGGGCAUGUUGGCAGAUGAGAUGGGAAUGGGUAAAACAAUCCAGAUCAUAGCUCUACUCGUCGGCGACUCUGUAAAGCCAAGCCUUGUCAUCGCACCAACGGUUGCGAUUAUGCAAUGGAGGAACGAAAUUGCUGCGCACACAGACGGCAUGAAGGUGCUCGUGUGGCACGGCUCAGGGCGUGAAUCGGACACGAAGCAGCUUAUAAAGUACGACGUCGUACUUACGACAUACGCUGUUCUCGAAAGCUGCUUCCGCAAGCAGCAUUCCGGCUUCAAGCGAAAGGGGCAGAUCAUCAAGGAAAUUUCUCCGCUUCAUGCGAUUGAAUGGAACCGUGUGAUCCUGGAUGAGGCACACAACAUCAAAGAGCGCGCAACCAACACGGCCAAGGCUGCGUUCGAGCUGAAGGCAAAGUAUAGGUGGUGUCUUUCAGGAACACCGCUGCAGAACCGUGUCGGCGAACUUUACAGCUUGGUCAGGUUUCUGGGAGGGGACCCCUUCUCUUACUACUUCUGUAAGAGAUGUGACUGCAAAUCGUUACAUUGGAAGUUCUCAGAUAAGAGACAUUGCGAUGACUGUGGUCAUAGUCCCAUGCAACACACGUGUUUCUGGAACAACGAAAUCUUGACGCCCAUUCAGAAACACGGCAUGGUCGGUCCAGGCAAAGAAGCAUUCGCGAAGUUGCGGAUCCUCCUUGACCGGAUCAUGCUUCGUCGCACCAAGGUCCAACGCGCGGACGAUUUGGGCUUGCCGCCUCGUCUGGUCAUUGUGCGACGCGACUUCUUUAGUCCCGAGGAGAAGGAGCUGUAUCUCAGCCUGUUUUCGGAUGCCAAGCGGCAGUUCAGCACCUACCUCGAUGCGGGAACUCUCCUGAACAAUUACUCGAACAUCUUCAGUUUGCUGACGCGCAUGCGACAGAUGGCUUGUCAUCCGGAUCUUGUCAUCCGGAGCAAGAACAACGCGGGCACGUUCGUGUCGGAGGAAGACGUCGGCGAGGCAGCCGUAUGUCGUAUUUGUAACGACGUCGCGGAGGACGCGAUCCAAGCGAAGUGCAGACACAUCUUUGACCGCGAGUGCGUGAAGCAGUACUUGAACACCGCCAUGGAAGUCACGCCUGCAUGUCCGGUGUGUCAUCUCCCGCUGACGAUCGACCUCGAGGCCCCGGCCCUCGAGCUCGCGCAGUCCGCAGCCCCGAGGCAGGGCAUCCUCGGGCGCCUCAACAUCGACACCUGGCGCUCGUCGUCCAAGAUCGAGGCGCUCGUGGAGGAAUUGAGUAAUUUGCGGAGGCAGGAUGCCACGACGAAGAGCAUCGUGUUCAGCCAAUUUGUCAACUUUUUGGAUCUGAUCGCGUUCCGGCUGCAGCGGGCUGGGUUUGUGGUGUGUCGCCUCGAGGGGACUAUGAGCCCCCAGGCGAGGGACGCGACGAUCCAAUAUUUUAUGAACAACGUGCAUGUCACCGUGUUCCUCGUCAGCUUGAAAGCAGGGGGCGUCGCGCUCAACUUGACAGAAGCGUCGCGCGUGUACCUCAUGGACAGCUGGUGGAAUCCUGCGGUCGAAUACCAGGCUAUGGAUCGCAUUCAUCGGCUCGGGCAACACCGACCUGUGCAAGCUAUCAAGCUGGUGAUCGAAGAUAGCAUCGAGAGUCGCAUCGUUCAGCUACAGGAGAAGAAAUCGGCCAUGGUGGAUGCGACGCUCUCAACGGACGACUCGGCGAUGGGGCGGCUGACCCCCGAAGAUCUUUCAUUCUUAUUCAGCUAUGAUAUCUUAUGCGCGGACGAUUAACGGUUGGCUCGUAUUUAUGAGGAUGUGUUUAUGACGAAUCUAUUGCCUGGCCCCGCCCAUAGGUAGAGAGUGCUUGGUUCGUGGCGUGCUUUUGGAUUGUGUAUGUGCGCUUUCACGCUGGGGUUGUGUCGUUGGAUAUCUGUAGAUAUUUUCACAUAAUACAUGGAACAGUGCUCCCGUUGCUCACGG